GUACAGUGUUUCUUCUUCAUCGCCCUCGUCCACGUAGAAAUUUUCAUUCUGGCUGUGAUGGCCUUUGAUAGGUACAUGGCAAUCGGGAAACCUCUGCUGUAUGGCAGCAAAAUGUCUUGGGCUGUGUGUGUGCGACUGAUUUCCUUCCCUUACAUCUAUGGCUUUCUGACUAGUCUGGCCGCAACCCUGUGGACAUAUGGCUUCUUUUGUGGGAAUAUUGAGAUCAACCACUUCUAUUGUGCGGACCCACCUCUCAUCAAAAUGGCGUGCGGUGGGACCUUCGUAAAAGAAUAUACCAUGACCAUUCUUGGAGGCAUUAAUGUGACAUAUUCUCUGGUAGUGGUCAUUAUUUCUUAUCUGUUCAUUCUCAUUGCCAUUCUGCGGAUGCACUCAGCGGAAGGGAGGCGGAAGGCCUUUUCCACCUGCGGGUCCCAUUUGACAGCUGUCAUCAUAUUUUAUGGGACUCUCAUAUUCAUGUAUCUCAGGAGUCCAACAGAGGAGUCCGUGGAGCAGGGGAAAAUGGUAGCUGUGUUUUAUACCACAGUGAUCCCCAUGCUGAAUCCCGUGAUCUACAGUCUGAGGAAUAAAGGUGUGAAAGAAGCCAUAAACAAAGUGAUCAGCAGAAUGUGUGUAACAAAAUAA